ACACUCCUGUUUAGGUGAAAGGAUUUGUAGAUUCUUAUUAAAAACAUUUAUUUCAGAUUUCACCUGUAAAAGUACUUAGUUUAUAGAAGCUGCUGGGAAAAGGAAAUGGCACUACAUGAUGAUUAUGUAAAAAUUGAAAAAAUUGGGGAAGGCACCUAUGGUGUUGUAUACAAAGGCAGAAAUAAAAAAACCAAUCAAAUUGUUGCUCUUAAAAAAAUUCGACUUGAAAGUGAGGAGGAGGGUGUACCAAGCACGGCAAUCCGGGAAAUAUCAAUCCUCAAAGAGCUUCAGCAUCCCAACAUUGUUUCGUUACAGGAUGUUGUUCUGCAAGAGUCGAAUCUGUUUCUUGUUUUUGAAUUCCUACAGAUGGACUUAAAAAAGUAUAUGGACACAAUAGGAUCUGGAAAGUACAUGGACAAAGACUUGGUUAAGAGUUACACAUAUCAGAUUUUGCAAGGCAUUACUUAUUGCCAUUCCCGUCGUGUUCUACAUCGAGAUAUGAAACCACAAAAUCUUUUAAUUGAUCGAAAUGGUAUAAUCAAACUUGCUGACUUUGGUCUUGCACGAGCAUUUGGCAUUCCAGUCAGAGUCUACACACACGAGGUUGUCACCUUGUGGUACCGAGCCCCCGAAGUUUUACUUGGUUCCUCAAGAUAUUCAACCCCGGUUGAUGUGUGGAGCAUCGGAACUAUUUUUGCAGAGAUGGCAACAAAGCGUCCUCUUUUUCAUGGCGACUCAGAAAUUGAUCAGCUGUUUAGGAUUUUCCGUGUGCUUGGAACGCCCACCGAUGAUAUUUGGCCUGGUGUGACACAACUUAAAGAUUACAAACAAACGUUUCCGAAGUGGAAGAAGGGAUGUUUGAAUGACUCUGUCAAAAAUCUUGAUGAAGAUGGAAUUGAUUUACUCACGAAAUGUCUCGUCUAUAAUCCUGCUAAACGCAUAUCUGCUAAAGUAGCAUUGUGCCAUCCAUAUUUUGAUGACAUCGACAAAAAAGCGCUUCCAGGUACACAUGUACCAUUGGUGCCAAGAAUUGCUGGUUGAUCACUUUUUCUGUUUCCAAACUCAAUGAACUAUACCGGUCGCUCUAGUUUAUAUAAAAUCAACUUUAACUGUGCAACCUUGGACAGUUAAGUUGGCUUUUCCCAGCUGUUCUCAAACUAUCGCUUUUGUAAAUAUUAUCUUCUUUAUUCAAAACCAGCGUCUAAUGGCUCCAACUGCCACAGGUUUUCAUAAACUUUUCCACCUUUAUUGUAGACAUUUCUAUAUCCCAAUAAACCGACACCCUCCUA